CCUCUGUCCGGGAUCUUGCUUGUGGGUGUGUGUGACAGAGGAAUUCCAGUAAGAUGGCUGCAAAAAGGAGAGCGUGAUUGUAAAAUCAGAUUUUGUUAAAAUUUUGGUCUAAUGGAAUAUUCUAUGUGACAAGCCAAAGGACAAGUAGUCGAUAAGUCAACAAGAACCUAUUUUCUCGCUGCCUUCCCUCGCGCUACUGCUGAUCUGCUGACAGCGGAGUUCACUGGACCUCUAUCGUUUGCAAGGUGGCACUGCUAGCAAGGAAGCUAGGCUAACCAGCUAACGAAAUCACUGCUUCUCAGCAACAGGGGAUAGCUACUUAUUUUCAAAUCCAUCAACCAGGUGGGAGUUAACGUCCAGAGAAAAGGCCCGUCGGGGUUAAGCUGAUCCCUGCUCGCCAGAUAACGCUCUGGGAAGCUGGGGACAUGUCCCGCAGCUUGGCGUCUAUGUGGACCACAGCCAACAUGGAGGCUUAGCCGCCAAACUGGGCCUGUGUUCAGAGCUGUGGGUUCCCCUGUGUGGGUAUGGAGUGGUGCCGUCUGCAGACUGGAUGACGGGCUCUUCAGGGCCAGCUGACAGGAGCCCCUUGUGGACAGCGCCUGUCCUCUAACCCCGCCCCCGCCGGUCCUUUAACCCCGCCCCCGCCGGUCCCCUUGUGACGCUGACUGGCAUCCCCCCCCCCCCCUCCUCCCUUGCCUCUGUACUGCCCCGCCCAACUCAGCACUAUCUUCCCCUCCUACCUUUUUUUUCACCGACUGCUCCCCCCCCCCACCCUCUUAUCUGGACUCCUUCUUGGUUGCUACCCCCCUCCCUCCCCUCUCUUCCCUCUCCUCUCCUUCCUUUCCCUCUCCUCUUUUUCUCAUCCCUCCUUUUUUCUCUCCUCCCUUCUCUCCGAACCCUCCCGUCUGUGAACCUUCCCAUCUUCCUCCUCAUCCUCUCUCAUGAUUUGAUCUGAACCCAAAUCUGACCUUCCGCAUCGGCCAAUCAGAAUGAGCUGGCUGAGUCGCAUGACCCCCCGGGUCACUGGUAGCCGGUCCAGGACCACGCCCCCUUCCGGCCCCUGCACUGCAGACCCCGAGACCUGCCUCAUGGUGUUUGAGAACCACUGGAGACAGUUGUCAUGGGUACUGGAGCAACGUGACCCGUCCAGCUCCAGCGACGACCUCACCACCGUCCGUAACCAUACCGACCAGAUGCUGUGCCUGCUGGCCGAGGAGCGCCCGGGCGAGACGGAGGGCGUGGCCCCCGCCGGCGCCCACCACGCCUCGCCCGCCCUCUCGCCCGCCCCGGGCCCCAUCCUGCGGCUGGUGUCGAGGGAGAGCAUCCUGGAGCGCCUGGUGGCGUGGCACCUGCGUCGCGGCCUGGAUCCCGACAGCCAGGGGGCGCUGCUCAAGCUGUUCGAGAUGCUCAUCGGCCAGUCCCAGCAGCCUCUCCUCACGCACGCGGCCGUCCUCCAGCCCCUCCUGGGCCUCCUGGGGGCCUGCUCAGAGCCCCAGCAGGGGGGCUGCCCCCCCGCCCUGGAGAACAGCCUGGUGCUGCUGCUCAACCAGAUGUGCGUGACCAUGGCCAGGCAGCCGGCCGUGCUGGAGCUGCUGUUCAGGGCCUCGGCAGCCCAGCAGGGACCCACCAACCUGCUGAUCUUCUCCCUCCUGGUGCCCUUCAUCCACCGGGACGGAGCCAUCGGACAGCAGGCCCGCGACGCGCUGCUGCUCGUCAUGGCGACCUCGGCCAGCAACCAGUCGGUGGCACGCUACAUCGCCGAGAACUCCUACUUCUGCCCGGUGCUGGCCACAGGCCUCAGUGCCCUGUACUCGUCCCUCCCCAGGAAGAUGGAGGUGCGCGGGGAUGACUGGCACGCCCUGCGGAGGGAGGACUGGAUGGGCGUGUCGUCGCUGGUGCUCUUCAUGAACUCCCUGGAGUUCUGCAACGCCGUCAUCCAGGUGGCCCACCCGCUGGUCCGCAGCCAGCUGGUCGACUACGUCCACAACGGCUUCCUGGUUCCUGUCAUGGGCCCCGCCCUCCACAAGUCGUCGGUGGAUGAGAUGAUCGCCUCCACAGCGUACCUGGACCUGUUCCUGCGCAGCGUGACAGAGACUGCCCUCCUCAAAACCUUCCUGCGCUUCAUCCUCAUGCAUCGCCACGACAACGACACCAUCCUGGACACGCUGCUCACACGCAUCGGGAGCAACUCCAGGCUGUGCAUGGUGUCUCUCAGCCUGUUCAAGACUCUGCUCUCCCUCAACUGCGAAGACUUCAUGCUGCAGCUUGUUCUCAGGUAUCUGCUGCCUUGCACCCACGUCAUGUUAAGUCAGAGGCGAGCCGUCAGGGAGACCGACUUAUACGGCAAGUCGGCAGACAAGUUCCUCUCCCUCAUCCCCGAGUGCUGCCGUCUGGGAACACUGCCCCCUGCUGACCGGGAGGAGGAGCCUGCCUUCUGGGGGAAAGUCCUGGGCAGCCCAGCCUCCGAGCCCCCCCCCCAGCCCAGACCCAGCACUCCAUCCCGCCUCGCCCUCUUCAUGCGCCAGCAGAGCUCCGGAGGAGCCCCCUCCUCCCCCUCCCCGGAGCCCGUCCCCUCCUCCCCCAGAGGGGGGCCCCCGGGCACCCCCCUGUCCCCCGACAGCCCCCUGCACCAGGGCGGGGUCCCUGAGUGUCUGGACUGGGAGCAGGGCUACCUUGACUACCUCAGGGACGCUCGGAGCCACAUCGAGCUCUGCUCCUGGGCCUGCCGCGCCUGGUCGGCCCCCUACGACGGCGAGCACCCCUCCCCCGCCUCCGUCCCGGCCCCCCCGCCCACCUCCAACCCCGCCCUGCCCGUCUUCCCCGAGCACUUCUCCUUCCAGCAGGGGGGCGGCGGGGGGGCGCGGUCGCCCGCGGCGGAGCGCAGAGCGGCGGUGGUGGCGGCGGCCAGGUCGGAGUGGGGCAGCUCGGAGAGGGACAGCGGCGAGUGGGACGUGACCAUCGGGAAGAACAACUGCAUCAGCCUCACUCCGCGCUCCAAGAAACGCUCCCUGCAGAGGGAGGAGCUACCCAGGCCCCUCCUACUCCCGCCCGCCUCCACCACGCCCUCCUCCGCCUCUGUCCCGCCCACGGCCGCUCCUCUCCCCCCCUCCGCCAGCGUCGCUCGCCCGGCGGUGUACAACGGCACGGCGGCGCAGGGGGACGUGCGCGGCGACGGCCAGGAUGGAGGGAUGGAGGUGAAGAAGGUGAAGAGAGACUCGGACAGCCUUCUCUCCUCUGGGGACUCGGGUCAGAACGGAGCGGUCGGCCUGGCCCGGCCGCGCGGCUCGUCUGCGUCUGGGAGAGACAGGUCCCUACCCGACCCUCAGAAGCAGUCCCUGACCUCCCACACGGCCCCCACGCCCCAGCCCUCAGCCCCCACGCCCCAGCCCUCAGCCCCCACGCCCCAGCCCUCAGCCUCGGACGCCUGCUCCACCGACAGUCCCACCGCACCCUUCCCUCCCUCAGGUCUUCCAGAGCUAGGCCUCAGCAACCAGGGACUGGAGUCUGUGGAGAGCCUGAUCGAGGAGCUCCUGGAGCAGGCACCCGACGACACGCGGCCCCUGGGGGACUCCAACGGCCAGGGCAUCAGCAUCGAGGCCUUCACCCAGGAGCUGAGCGAGCUAGAGGACAGGGUGAGGGAGAGGAGGGGGGCCGGGCUGGAGGAAAGCCCCAGGGACCCCCUCUCGGCCCUGGGUAGACCGGACGAGGAGCCCCCACCCACCUCGCCGCUGGAUGGGGACCUGAGCGGGGCCGAGGCCAGGGCAGAGAGCUCGGCAGUGGGGCUGUUCAGCCCUGCCAGGCCCCUAGGACAGGCAGCCUCCCAGCCCUACACAGGUGAGCCCACUACCACCCUGGGACAGGCAGCCUCCCAGCCCUACACAGGUGAGCCCACUACCACCCUGGGACAGGCAGCCUCCCAGCCCUACACAGGUCCGUUCAUGGGGGUUCUGUUAGCCAAGCUGGAGAACAUGCUGCAGAACUCUCUGUACGUCAACAUCCUGCUGACAGGGAUCCUGUCCCAGCUGGCCUGCUACCCCCAGCCCCUCCUCCGCUCCUUCCUGCUCAACACCAACAUGGUCUUCCAGCCCAGCGUCAAGUCCCUCAUACAGGUCCUGGGGUCGGUGAAGAACCGCAUCGAGGCGUUCGCUGCGUCCCAUGAGGACUUCCCCUCCAUGCUGAGGAAGGCCCAGCGCUACCUGGCCGCCCGGGGGAAGCUGGACUGGGCUGACUCCCCCGCCGGCGUGCCCCCCCUCAGACGCUCCGACUCCCUGGUGAAGAGCCGCAAGCCAUCGCUAGGCGACCUCAUCCUCCGCCACACAAACAGCCCCACGCGGGCGCGCCACGCCGCUCAGCUUGCCCUGGCUCACGUGCGAGACGGCGGCCAAUCGCUGCACAGCGCCCUGUUCCGGGGCGGGGCCACUGGGCUGGAGAAGCAGGCUGAGGCACUGCGGGUGAAGAACGCCGUUUACUGCGCCGUCAUCUUCUCCGAGUUCCUGAAAGAGCUGGCGGCGCUGGCGCUGGAGCACGCCGUCACCGUGCCCUUCCCCCGCUACCAGGAGGCUGAGGAGUAGACUGGGAGACAUACCGCCUCCCUCCAUCAGGGGGCGCCCUGGGACACACAGUGAGACGUCGGUUUGUUGAAGACAAACGAGGAAACUUCUUGUUAGAGAGGAAAGGGAUUGAGGUUUUUUUUUUUUUAUAUAUAAUGAAAAAUAUAUCUGCUUUACUGUAAGGAGAGCAGAGACUCCUCUGUUGAUAUCAUACUGUGCAUUUCCUGUAUAAAAUAUUUGUGUGUGAACAUACACACCUUGAAUCUCAGUAGAUGCUCCAGGUGUGGGCUGGGUGGUCUGUACAUAUGCAUAUACAUACCAUAGAAUGGGGUCCAGCAAAGGCCACAGUAACAGUCCAGUAGAUUCACCUUGGGUGCUAGUCAGCACUCCUGUCCCUUGUCAUCUCUACUGUGUUUCCAUUCAUGCUCUGUAGGUGAAAUGGUUCGGAAAUUUCCGUCCUUUAUCAUUUGCAAAGAAAUCGGACAAAGAAGACCAAAAAAAUUAUAUAUUUGUUUGUGUAGAGCAUCUAAAAACUAAAUGAGGUACAUUUUCUGAAAAAAAUGUUUGCUGAUACUUUAUGGGGCCUAAACGAGAGCACUGAAAUGUAGUCCUUAACUUUUCCCACAACCGGCCAAUCAGCUCUGACCGUGUCUUCACAACACGCCCAUCCAGGUGUCACCACCUCAGCUGAGAGGCCGAUUGGUUGAGUGGGAACAACAGGAAGAAGAACCAGCCAAUGAACAAUGAACUCCGGGCCUCUCAACGAUUCCUUUUUGUUAUACUUGUUUUGGGAACGCAUCACCUCACCUCGGGGAACCUGACAGGGGCUACAGGUGAACAGGCGACAGGUGAACAGGCGACAGGUGAACAGGCGACAGGUGAACAGGCGACAGGUGAACAGGCGACAGGUGAACAGGCGACAGGUGAACCUGUAAAAAGGGAAAGCGAGCAGAAGGGAGAGAUUCCCUUGUCCCCUUUAUAAGAUUACACAGCACUACUGGAGCACACUUUCGGGGGCAGUUUAUUUUGAUUCAUACAACCGUUUUCCACGUCAUUUUAGGUGUUUGUUUACUUUUAAUUAUUUUUUUUUUUAUUCUUUUAUCCUUUUUUUUUUAUAUAUAUGUACAUCAAAAAAAUAUUCAACAUAUCAAUUGCCAUGUGGGAGCAGUGUUUCUCAACUUGGGUGAGUGUGUGUGUGGCUUUGCAUGCAUGUGAUGUGCCUGUGUGUGAAGCCCUUCACAGACUGUCUGUUAUCUCACCGUGCACCUGCUGCAGUAGGAAAGGAUGUGUUCCUGCCCUCUGAUAGAGGAGGAAAUGAUCCUCGCGCCUCACUGGUGUGGCGUCGGCGACGGAGCCUUUGAAAGACAAAUCAUUCUAAAUGAAACGCAGGAGGUUCGCGCAAUCUGCGUGGGCUUCCAGUCUCCAGCUCUCUGUGAACUGUCGUUCGGUUCUGCGGUGUUCCUGAAACCUGGAAUUAAUUGGCUUAUUCAAGGAUAUAGUAGAUCCUUCUUCUCCUCCCCAGACCUUGAAAGUUAGAUUGACAUUCCGUUUGUGCCGUGAGGUUCAGUAUCAGUCAGUCUCAAACUAUAGCCAGUUCCUCCCCCUGAGAGCCCUCAUCUCAAAGAACAUCGGUAUAAACCAACAGUUGCAGGCUCUACUGAUAGAGGGUUUUAUUCGAGAGGAGAAAAAUAUAUAUAGGCCUAUAUAUUUUGCUUUCACAAAUUCCAAGGGGGGUCUUGAAGUGAAGCAUACUGGCUAUCUUUAGUGCACUCAUACUUCUAACAUUUAACCAAACAACAGUUUUCCCCCCCAAGGUACCAAGUAAAAACAACUUUUUCCUCAAAGUCUGAGGAUGUCAGGUCAGACAGUCCUUCAGAACUCCACCAAGCCAGUGUUGCAGUGGGAAGCUUAUUUAUGGCUGUGGUUAUGAAGUUGAGAAGCUGUACCCACACAGUGUUUUUAAGUUUUGCCAAGACAGGCACUUUAAUCACUUUAAUUUCUGUAUUACGAUUUAUAUCUUUUCUUUUUCAGUUUAAGUGUAUUUCUGUGUUUGUCAGUGCUUGUAUUCCUGCAUGAAUAAGUGUGGUCCAUCUCUAACCACAGGCUCUGUGUGAAGCUGAGGAAUCUUUGCACAUUCUCUCCACACUCCAUCUCCCCCUCUCAACUUUAGCAGUUGAGACAAACCUCCAGUUUCACAAAUCAAGUUCCAGAGCCCUGAAACGGGACACGCCAAACUGUUUUAAUCACUGUCAUGCCUUGUCAGCUUGGUAACAUUCAGAAGAACAACCAAAUGGAGCCGGAGUUUUAACUAUCAUUCAUUUCGGCGUUUCCUUGGUUUUGAUAUUCAUGUUCCAUCUUUUGUCAAGAUGUCUUGUAACUGAACUCAUUCGUUCAAAGAAUGACAAAAGAUGUUCUGAUCCUGAGGUGGCACAAGUGACGACAUGACUACUGUUCAGUGUUAUCAUCGGCAAGCUCGUCGUCCCUUCGGCCUGUCUUCUCUCCGUCCUGCCCGUCUGGUGAAAGCUCCUCCCCCCUUCUGGGAGGGUGGCUGAGCGCAGCGCGUGCUGGAUCACCAGUCGACUGUCUGCUGCUGAAAGUGGAGGAGGAGAGAGAAGUGAGGCGCUAUAGUGGAUUCAGGAAGCCAUCCGUCCCUCCAUCUGGCCAUCCAAUCUUUCCUCCAUCUGUCUGUUUGCCUCCAGUGAAAUCUUCUCCAUGUAGGAGGAAAUGACAUCACUGGGCGGUUGUCUUUCCCGUGACCUUGGAUCAGCUUGGGUCGUCUCUUCAUUUUAUACAUUUUUGUUUUGAUAUCGAGUCCACAACGAGUGCCAUUCUCAGAUUUCAAAUGUCUUGGAUGUGAAAUGGGAUUUUUUUUUUUUUAUGUUAAGACUUAUUACUCGUUCCUUUUUUAAAGUCUGCUAUCUGAUCAAGUAAACAUUUAAAAACAAGUAAAAAUUUUAUUUGAUGGGGAUAGUGUAAUUAUCAGUCGAUUGAUCCAGUUAAUUAAUGUCAUCCCUUUCCUAUACCUGUCGUUAUUAUGGUAAAAAAAAAAUAGCCAAACAAAGUUGAUAACCGUCUGUGAAGAGAUUAUAAUAAUAAUAAUGAUAAUAAUAAGAAACAUCUUUGUUUAGAAGACGCUUUUCUCCAAAGCAAUCUGCAGUCAGUAUACUCAUCUAUAGAGGCCCAACUGUGCCCCAGUUCCAUCCACUGCAGACUCAACAAUAAGCCAUCUGAGGUUAUCUGUAGAGCAGACAGUAGUGAAAAUGAAUAAUCGAAUUUUCAAGAUAUUCGUAUAUAGGAGAGUUAAGACUGUAUUAGCAAAAUAACUUUGAAUACUUACCUUAUAUUAGUACACAAAGCUUUCAACUGUAUUUAUACUUUAUUAUUUUCUUGAUUCUUAUUUGCAUUUGACGGUCCUGGCCUGUACUGGUUCUGUGUUUGUGGGGGCUCUAGGUUGUCUUUGCUCCUGGCCGGUACAGCUGUCACACACCCCGUCUCUCUCUCCGCUGUGACAGCGGAAUUCUCUCCGCUCCUCCGUUUGGCUCACACCUGUCCAGCUUUUCACCACCAGUUACUGUAAUUGUAUUGUAUGCUAGUCUGUCACCCUGCUGGGAACCGAAGGCUCGUGUCAACUGCACGCGGCCAGAGCUGAACAACUCGAUAUCACAAACUGACAAACUCGUCAACAUGCUAACGGGCUAAACGCUUGUUUUCUUCCGUGCGUGUGCUGUUUAUGUUCGACAUGCCCCUGGGGUUUCAGUUGGAAGCGGUUUAUCGGAUGAUGUACCACCAUAUCUUAUUUCUAUCCUUCUCGCUUUUUGUUUAUGGUAAAAAGAUACUUUUUCUGAGUUUAUAUCUCUCCUGGAAUCUAUGCAAAUCUGCUCUGGUGUCCUCUGCUACUGAAAGGGGAGAUGGAACUGUAAAUAAUGUAUAAACCAAUGGGUCUUAGAAAUGCAAUUGCAUCUGAAUUAAUCAACAGGACUGAAUGAAAAACACCCAAAAUGAUGAAUGUUGCCAGAACUAUUUUUCUAUAUUUUAAAUUGAAAAAAAAAAAAGACGAACAAAAAUACAUUGUGGGGAGAAAAAGCUGUAAGAAACACUAAAAGGGAAUGUUUUUAUUAAUUUAUAAAUGUUUUACCUAGCAAUA